GCUCCGCCCACCGGCAGCAGACGACUGGCGCGCGGCCCCGCCCCUAUAUUAGGGGUGGCCGUGGCGCAGGUCUCGGAGUGGAUUGUUGCCGUAGUUUGGGCUGCUCCGUGGAGCCGGUACCAUGGCAGACCAGUCUUUUGUGACUCUAGCCACAAAUGAUUCCUAUGUGAAAGGAGCACUUGUACUUGGUUCAUCCUUGCAACAGUCUGGAACAACGAGGAAGCUGACUGCACUCAUAACUCCUCAGGUUUCAGAUACAAUGAGGAACACACUAGAGAAAGUAUUUGAUGAAGUCAUUUUGGUAGACAUCCUGGACAGUGGGGACUCAGCACAUUUAGCAUUACUGAAAAGACCUGAGCUGGGUAUCACAUUAACAAAGCUUCACUGCUGGGAAUUGACACAGUUUUCAAAAUGUGUUUUCAUGGAUGCAGACACAAUGGUUUUGUCAAAUAUCGAUGAGCUUUUUGAGAGAGAAGAGUUGUCUGCAGCACCAGAUCCAGGCUGGCCUGAUUGUUUUAAUUCUGGAGUUUUUGUUUACCGACCUUCCAUUGAAACAUACAAUCAGCUGUUACAGUUUGCCACAGAGAAAGGCAGCUUUGAUGGUGCAGACCAGGGGUUAUUAAACACCUUCUUCAGCAGCUGGGCAACAACAGACAUGAACAAACAUCUGCCAUUUAUUUAUAAUUUGAGCAGCACUUCUGUAUACUCUUACCUUCCAGCAUUUAAAGUGUUUGGUUCAAAUACUAAAGUGGUACAUUUUCUGGGAAGCACAAAGCCAUGGAACUACACGUAUGACUCCAGAACAAAAAAUGUAAAAGGAAAUAUCAGUGACCCUAAAAUUGUUCACCCAGAAUUCCUCAACAUGUGGUGGGAUACCUAUACAGUUAAAAUUUUACCCCUACUAGAACAGCAAGAAGUUGAAGAAGAAAAAAACACAGCUGUAAACAUGGCAGAAGUUACGGAGGCAGUGUCCCAUAUGUCAGUAUCAGCACCAUCACCAGUAUUGCCAAGCAUAUCUUCAGAAGAACGCAAGGCUCGGUGGGAACAAGGCCAAGCUGACUAUCUGGGAGUGGAUUCCUUUGAUAACAUCAAGAAGAAACUGGACUCCUACCUUCAAUAGAAGUGCCAUUUUCAAACACUGGCGCUACAAGGACUUGUUCCAGAACUAACAGCUAGAAAGGUUGUAGAUGAUGGACAAUUAUGCUUGCUAGUAGCUUGAUGGGGAGAAAAAAAAUCUUGGCUGAAGGCCACUGCAGUGCUACGGAAAAAGACAGAAUAAGAGCUAGGAAGCAGAAUUCCUUGGGCCAAUUGUAACUGCCCAGUAACUGCUUUUCCCUACUAGAUCUUAAAAGGAGGGGGGGGGAAAAAGCAUUUUAAACUACAUUUUUUUCUUCUGUUGUAAUCAGCUGGCUCAGUGUAUUAAUUGAAACUGGGUUUGCACCUUAACUCAUUAAGGUGAUUAGUAUUAACUCCUUCGCUUGCUAUUUUAGAUCUAAAAUCUGGUUUAUGAGAUUGCUUAUGCACUAAAUGAUUGUCAUUCUGCUUUACCAUUAGUGCAUUAAUGAUGCUAUGAUAUAUAGGAAGAGAUAACAGUAAUAGCACUGCUUUGAUCUUCUAGUCACAAUUGCACUGAAGUUUUGACCAGGUUUUUACACGUAGUGCCUACAGCAUGGCAGAAUGCAUUUGUUCAGUUCCGUAUUCUUAAGGCUUAGUAAACUGAGUUUUUCUGUUACCUAAAAUAUUCAUGCAAAAAUAAAAACUUGUCAUGCUUUUCUGGUUUUUGUAAACUCUUCAGAAAUUUAAAAAAAAAAAAAAAAAAAAAAAAAAGAAAAAAAAAAGCUUUGGAGCAAUCUAAAAUAACCGAACUAGCUAUCAUUAAGAAAUGUCCAGCUUCUAGUUCUUUAAUUAUUUAUGGAUUAUGUAAUCACUUCCCAGGUUGCUACUGGAAGAAGUACCUGCAGAAUGGAGCAAGAAAAAGAUAAUCUGUAUUUUGGUUACUAAAGAACAGUCUGUAACAUGACAUUGUUUUUAAAACACAAUGGUGAUACUAUCUUGGCAAGUAAAGGUGAAGUAGCUGUGCCUACACAGAUUAGGAAAACUAUCUCUUUCCUGUGUGCGUUGCCACCAUCAUGCCACACAUUACAUUUUGAGACAGAAAAGUAGUAAAAGUACAAGACAAGACUCUCACAGUAACAGGAAGACUGAAAAAUGACUGGCUGUUUGCCAUUAGUUCAGAUCCAUCCUUUAGCUAGAAGUAUAAACAGAACCAAAUUAAUUAGCGUUCUGUUUGGUACCUAUAAUCUGUAUUAGUCCAGAAGCAUAUAUAUGAUCUCAUUAUAUCUUUAUAAAGGAGAAUUUUGGCAGGAAGCUAGUAAGGGUGUUCAGUUUUAAUCCUGGAGAUAAACAAUUAAUAAGCUGCUACUGUUUGCUGGUAAGUCAGAAGAUAUGAUCUGUAUAUGAGUUAAUUGAGGCCCUGGUCAUUUAGCAAAAAUGGUGAAAGGGAGGUCCAGGUCAAAGUAACUUACAGCUAUUUAAAAUCUAUUAAAGUCAUAAUUUUACAACUAACCACUUUUUUUUUUUUUUUUUUUUUAAAUUUGAAGUUGUUUGAAAGCCGGAAGGGUUGGUAAUUACAGUUGCAAAAUAUACUUUACCCAACAUAUACAAAUACUAGAGUUUUGCCUGCUCACAAAUGAAUAACUUUAAAAGUACUCUUGAGGUCAUCUGAACAGCCUUAGUUUUGCACCCCUUUUCUGUACACCUUCUAGAGAAUCAGGAGGUUCUUUGACUUUUAAUUGCAAACAAUUGAAGUAGAAAAAGCAUGAGACUACACCAACCUGAAAAUUUGGUUUAGCGUCUAAGUUUUAUUACAUUCAAGAAGAUAAGAAAAGAUACUGAAUAAGAUAAACAGCCAACAUGUUUCAGGUUAACAAGUACAGUUCCUGGGGAGAAAAAAAAAAAAAAAAAAAAUUGUACCAGCCCUUGGCUCAUGUCUUAAUGUUCAAUAAAUGAACACAAUGCCAUUUUUCUGCCAUUAUUUUCUCAAUAAUUAAAACAGGCAGCAUUAGCAGAAGUGUACAGGCCUUUUUAAAUCACCCUAUCAAUAUCAUUUGAUACAAAGACUUCUUUGUGAACUCUGUACUCAGUGUAGUAACUGAUUCAGUGCUAUAUACUCAAAAGCAUCAUUCAGAAACAUUUAAUGGAGGGUACAAAUGGAGACCCCAUUGAAAUGGGUCCCUUGCCAUGGGAUUAUAACUCGGAAGAAGGAAACAAAGUCAAAUCUCUCAUUCAUAGUUGGGAAUUGUUUCUCCUGCUUUUAUCUAAACCUGAAAGUUUUACUUACAUAAACUAUGCAAAAACCUGACAAUUCAUUUUGUUCUACCUCUGUUUUCCUGCUUUUUGUUGUCAGACUUCCAGGGGUGCCUGUCCAGCUACUGGGGCACGUUAUCCUGCUGCUCGUGUCUUCUUAAUUAUUUGUCUAACAGGCUCACACCAUCACAGCACAUUUUCCCCAAGGCUAAGAAACUAGCUCCACAAAAGUGCCUUAGCUUGUUAAGCUGCGUAUUUUGUAUUCCUUCAAUUAACUCACUAUUUCUAAAAAUAUGCAAGGAAUCAUUAUGAAUUUCUAAGAAGGUAAUGGAAUCUAGUGUAUUUCUUAAGUUGCCAAAAUGCCUCUCCAUUUGCUGGCAGGUAACAGAAGUAUGGCUCCUAAGAGGUUUAAAAUUAAUAGCUGUGGAUUCUACAUUGUUUCCUAAUUGAAUUAAAAAAAAAAAAAGUCAUUUUAUGAAGGCCAAGACUGUGGCAAGAAUCAAGCUGUUAACAAUUUCUUCCAACCAGUGGCUAAAAGAAAGCAAAACGACAAUCAAAAACAAACAAAAACACCACAGCAGUAUGGUUCUCAUUAAGGUUUUGGUUUUUUUUAAUAUAAUAAACUUUAUGUCCAGCAAAAGUGCUUAUUUUCAUGAGGAGCUAGAUACUUAUAAAGGAAGAACACUUACAUUUGUUUACAGAAUAUGCUUCUGUACAAACAAACAAACAAAUCCAUUACUUUAUAUUCAUGGAACAAAAACCGUACUCUUUCAGCUUAACCCUUCAGUUUAUAUAUUGUUUUCAGUUAUUUAGUUUUAUGAGAGAAACCAGAGCUACCAAAUAACCAGAUUUAAAAUCUGGCUACCCUGGUUCUAUUCUGAAAAUUAGAUUGCAAGUUUUAUAUUACAAGAUCGCAAGAUUUAGAUUUCACUUCCUGUAAAGAACAGUAAAUACAGCAAGUUAGGGAAAAAAAUACUAAAGUUACAUUUAGUUAAAAGCUCUGGAAAAAUUUGAAAUUUCAUUAAACAGAUGCUUUGUGUUGG